AACACAUUAGACCACUUUUUUAAUGGCUCCUGUGUUAUCUCUCACUUCGUGUCAAGACUCGCUAGAAGGCCAGCAGACGACAGACGCGGCCAUUACUAAGUGAAGUAUUGAACACGGCGUUGUGGUAGACGAUUGGAUGUUUACUUAACUCAAGUAUUGGCUACUGUUGUUUAUUUUCUCUAAUGGAUGUGUAGGCCUACACACGAGCGAUGGGACAUAAUUCUGUCGUGUCAAUGACGAAACAAACCGUGUUCAUCUUAGUGUCUGAGGUUUCGUAAUGCUAAAUUCGUAAUUAGCUCGUAUUACUAAUUAAUUAAAAUUGAUGUGUUAUUUGUGGUAGAUAUUUUAUAGUCACAAUACUUCAAGUAUUCUGCACGUGGAUUGGUAGUGUCGCAUUUCUGUUGCUGUUUGUCAAUUUGUGUUAGGGAUAGAUGAACAUUAUUUCCGCUAGAAAAUACUUGGAGUGACUAGGAGUGUAUCGAUACAAAAACUCCUUGUGUUAUCUGAAAGAUUUGGAGAGAACAAUACAAUAGUAUAGCCAGGACGUUAUCUGACGCUUGUAUUGGCUUGAAGCCGUCAAGUGCAGGCGUCAAUGAUUGGCAUGUAAUUGGGGCACGAAGCGUUGGGCAACUUUCAUGUGUUCCGCUUGGCUUAUGUGGCGAGGAUGAUUCAGUCCGGCAGGUGUUUGAUGCUGUAUGAUGAUGAGGAUAGCGACGAUGAAGUAAAUUCAGAGGCUAACGCCAGAAGGAUCAACAAUGUUGAGCAGUGUUUUGGUUCCUCAGGGCAGCCCCUCGGGAUCCCAGGGAGAGUGUUGGUGGGUGAGGGUGUCUUAACAAAAAUUUGUCGCAAAAAACCAAAGCCCAGGCAGUUUUUCCUCUUCAACGAUGCUCUGGUCUAUGGGAAUAUUAUCAUUCACAAAAAGAAGUACAACAAACAACACAUAUUACCUCUAGAGGAUGUCAAAUUGGAGAAUGUUAACGAUGAAGGAAACUUAAGGAAUGGCUGGAAGAUCAUCAGCCCCAGCAAGUCCUUUGUGGUGUAUGCAGCCACAGCCACAGAGAAGAAGGAGUGGAUGGCCCAUAUACGAAAGUGUGUCAACGACAUUUUAGCAUCAAGGGGCAUUCAACAAAGCACAACAAGUGAUUCACCUGUCUGGGUGCCUGACUCUGAGGCCAAGACUUGCAUGCACUGUAGGAUUUCUGAGUUCACAAUAGUCAACAGAAGGCAUCACUGCCGUCACUGUGGUAUUGUGGCCUGUAACCCAUGCACAAGCAAGCGUUGGUUGCUGCCUCAACAGAGUUCUAAACCCAUUAGAGUCUGCCUUACCUGCUAUCAGAAACUAUCCAAGGAAGCUUCAGAGGACAACAUAGGUCGGAAAUACUCUGUAAUAGCCACUGGGGACAACCGCAAUUCUUCAGGAGAGGACUCAUCUGAUGACGAUGACGACCCAUCAAGAGAUGGUAUGCCUACAGGCACUACAGCGGAACAAUUAGCUAUUCAUGAUGCACACUUUCAAAGUUAUGAAUAAAAUAUUACCUGUCUGCUCCAUUUGCUGAAUGAAAUGAUAUUGGUAUUUAUUGAAGCCCAGCUUGUUUAUUACAAAUGUGAAUUCCGGCCAAUUCCUACCAUUCUAAGUUCGACCAUUGAAAUAGAGACACCUAUUUUCAUAUGAAAAAAAUGUACCCAGGAAUGGUUUGUGGUUUCACUAUGUAAGGAAAAGAUAUGUUGUUCUCUCACCAUCACCUUUACUCACAUAAUAUCAUGGAAUAAUGUAGAUACUUCUCAUCUGGUAGUGCAUGGCUUUUGGCUAAGUAGCAACAUUGGAAGGCAGCAUUGAACUAUUGCAAUACAGAACUUUUCCCUCAGCUGUAGAAGUAGUGGCUUUUUUUUAUUGUAGUUAAAGAGAAAAGUUGUUGCCUGUAUAAGGAGAUAAAUGCAUUGAUGCAGGUCUUCAUAUCGCUUAUCUUUCCUGAUCAAAAUAAUAAAUUUUUAAACAACUUGAAAGUUGUUGCCCCUGCCAGACAUCUUGGCCUAUAUAUUCCUAUAUCUAGUGUUUUCAGUAUUGAUACUAUUAGUUUUACCCAGACUUAUAAACUGCCCUAUUCAUAAGCCUUAUCCUUUAAGGUCUUUGUUAAAGUAUAGAUAUGGCAGACUCCAGUUAUAAGAAUAUAUAGGUGGCGCACAGCUAGUGGAUUAAAUAAGAAAUAUUCCCCAGAGAUUAGGGUUUGAGAUUAUUGUUGUGUACAGCUGACCUGUAUAUAAAAUGUGUACAAAUGAUUAUGCCAGUGAAAAAGUUUUAACCAAUUUUUACAUUGUUGAGCUGUUGAUAGAUGUUAACUAAAGCCCAAAUGUUUCAAAUACAACAUCUGCACGAGAACAAAUUUUUUGUCUAGGUGGUACUCAGACUGUAAGAAUAUAUAACAUAAUUUUGAUGAGAUCAUUUGUAAAAAUCUAUGCAUAAUUUUUAUUUCUAAUUUAAUAUCACUCAUUGUGAGGAGGGUUACUAUAACGGAACAGAUGUGUAGCUAUGUUUAAAAUUUUCUAAUAAUGCAUGACAAAUAGGCAGAUGUUUUUUUUAAAUUUUAAUUCAGUUCAUUAUAUAUGAAGUACACUUUUAAUUUAUGCAUUUUUUCAAACAGUUUUUUGAAUUCUCCUGUUCCGUGUUAUUCUUCAGUUCUAUUACCAGUCUGUUUACAUUUAGUCAUUGAUUUUUCUAGUCUCACUAGAAUUUGUCAUGGUAUUUUUUUAAUGUAAGUCUAUCUAGAUACUACAACACAACCUACCUGUUAAAAGCCGGAUUCAUUGGAACAUUUCACUAAUUCUAUUUUCCAAAUUACGUUGUUCGAAUUUAACUCAAUUGAUAAACGUAAUUGUAACCAGUUAAACAGUAUUCUUUGAUUCGACAUGUAUCAUUUUUUAUUAUUUGAGUUUGGACGUGUUUAAAGCUUUGAUAAUCACAUGCCUGUGUUUAAAGCUUUGAUAAUCACGUCUGUGUAUAAAGCUUUGAUAAUCACAUGUCUUUGCCAGUGACAACUUCUCCAGUUGUGAAAGGCCUUAGCAACAAAAUUGUGUUUUUUUUUUUGUGAAAUUGUAUUCUACUGGGGGUUUCAAUUCUUAGGGUCUUGUGUUUCUCCUUACUGUUGUUUUUAGUUUGAGAUAUUUUUAAUAAUUCAUUUUCUGAAAAUAUGCACAAGAAUUAUCAUUAAUACAGAUGUCUUCAUUCAUGUAAUGUAUUAGUCAUAAGGUAAGUAUAUGUUCUAGAACAUACUACCAGUUCACAUCAUUGGAUGCAAGAAAAGUUUUCUUGAAACAUAAGAAAAAAUGUGCAGGUUGUACUUGGCUCUUUGCAUGGUUGAAAAUUUACCAAGAACAAAUGUAACUUUUACUGAGAGUAAAACAUUGAGGUGUGAACUUGUAACAGUCCCCAUUUGACUGCAUGAAAUAAUAGUUGCACCUGAGCUGCUUGUAUUCAUUUUAACUUAAAUUAUACUUAGGUUGAAUCAUAGAUUAGAGAAUUAUUCAAAACAGUUGCAUGUCACAAGUUAAAAUUCCACACAUUUUAUUCAUCAUUAUAACCGCAAGUUUUCUUGUAUACACUGAUCCUUGUUAAAGCACCAGUUUGUGAGUGGGUAUGUUUUGUUUUUUAUUUUACCAAAAAUUUUACAGCUGUCAUCACUAGCUGAGAACCAUUGUACUUAAAAAAGUUUUCAAACCAAAAAAAUUAUUUCACUAUGUUCCUUACCAUUAUUUACAUAUGGUAUAGUCAGUUAACUGGUGUUGGCAGUUACAAAUGUUUUCUCUUUAACUUAGGUUUUAUCAUUUAUUAUCUCAAUGUUUGCCAUUUUGAUAAUUCUAACAAGUUAAAAACCAUUUGUCUUAAUCAAUCACUUAUUUGAUUAAAACGGUACAAGGGUAUGAGAGAAACUUAUUUUAAAAUUCCAGCUUUGACCAACAUUUUGUUUCUUGAUUGGAUUCCUCAUGCACUAAAAUACCUGUACUAGAAGGCAACUAUGUGAUGCAAAUACUGCAGCAAAAUGAUGCUAUACACAUUUCUUUUGUGCCAUUUUGUGCCUUGGUGUAAGGGUUGAUUUGUAGGUAGAAAUUUGUUAGAUAAAUGCUGAACGUUUCUUUAAAAAAUGUAUAGUCAGCCUAAGAAAUUGUGUAGAGUGGGUGAGCAAUUUUGAAAGAAAGGAAAGUUUAUUUUAGCAAUUUUUUUAAAUGGCUGUUGUAGAUCAGGCAAAUUUAUCUUCUCCAGUUGCACAUCGUUAGCUCACUGAACAGCUGAUUGGUUUUAUACUCACCUUCCCCCACUCCCUUUUUAAUUGUCUGUUUUGCUAAAACAUUGAAUAACUUUAAAGCUUUCUGGGUGUUUCAGAUCAUUUCUGUGUUAAAUCCUCUAAUGUGUUUAAGAUUGAACUAAUAAGAGUUGUGAUUUCUUUUCACUCCCUGUGAAAAAAAAAAUUGAAAUACUAGAAUACUACAAUAUGUAUAUAAAUGUUUGAAAUAUUUCCUUCUAUUGACUAUGAUGAAAUAAAUAAAACCAAAUU